AUGGGUCGUGCACUGAAGAAUCUGGAUGGAUUGUUACGGAUGCCAUAUGGCUGUGGAGAACAAAAUAUGGGUGUUCUUGCUCCCAAUAUUUACAUCCUACAGUACCUGUAAGUCACUGGGCAGCUCACCCCAACCAUCCGACAGACUGCCAUUGGUUACCUUCAGAGCGGUUACCAAGGACAACUGAACUACAGGCAUAGUGAUGGUUCAUACAGCACGUUUGGUUAUGAUGCAUCCAAUACAUGGUUGACCGCCUUCGUCAUGAGGUCUUUUGGCCUAGCAAGGCGUUUCAUCUUCAUUGAUCCUAGUGUCCUCCAGAGCGCAAAGGAUUGGCUGAUCGGCAAACAGGGUUCAGAUGGCUGUUUCAUGCAGCAGGGAACUCUGUACCACAAUGCCAUUAAGGGUGGUGUUGGUGAUAACGUGACCAUGACCGGCUACAUUGUUGCAUCGCUGCUUGAACUAGGUGUCCUUGUCACGGAUCCUGUCAUUACCAAAGCUCUGUCUUGCUUGAGGCCUGUCGUUGGGAACCUGGGAAACACUUACACCACGGCUCUGCUCGCCUACACCUUCAGUCUGGCUGGAGAGACCAGCACUCGAGAACAGCUUUUUAACUUGGACAAUGUUGCCAUUUCUGAAG